UUAGCGAUCCACUCAUCUUCUUCGAACGGAAGAGACAAAGGUAUAUUUUUCACCAUGGUGGCGAAUUUCAAGGUCUACAAAAAAUGCUCGCCCAACGGCAAGCUCGCCGUUUACCUGGGCAAACGCGACUUCAUCGACUACCUGUCGGGUAGUGAGCCGAUCGACGGGGUAGUCCUGGUCAGCCCGGAAUACGUGGACAGCGGCAGGAAGAUAUGGUGCCAGCUGUUGUGCAGCUUCCGGUACGGCCGCGAGGAGGACGAGGUAAUGGGACUUAACUUCCAAAAGGAUCUCUUCUUGGCGUCGGAGCAGAUCUUCCCGCGGAUUAAGAAGCCCGAAUCUAAUCCUACCAAGCUACAGGACAGGUUGUUGAAGAAACUGGGCUCGAACGCGAUACCCUUUACCUUCACGUUUCCGCAGAGCGCGCCGUGCAGCGUGACUCUUCAGCCCGGGCCGGACGAGACCGGCGAGCCGUGCGGCGUGAGUUACUACGUGAAGGUGUACUGCGGCGAUACGGAGACCGACGUGACCCACAAGCGCAGCACCGUCAUGAUGGGCAUCCGCAAGAUCCAAUACGCGCCCACGAAGGAGGGUCGUCAGCCGUGCACCGUGGUGCGCAAGGACUUCAUGCUGAGUCCGGGCGAGCUCGAGCUCGAGGUCACCCUCGACAAACAGCUGUACAAUUACGGCGAGACGAUCGCCAUCAACGUAUGCGUGCGCAACAACAGCAACAAGGUGGUGAAGAAGAUCAAGGCGAUGGUGCAGCAAGGCAUCGACGUGGUGAUCUUCCAGAACGGUCAAUUCCGGACGGUGAUAGACGCGAUCGAGACCCAGGACGGCUGCCCGAUCGAUCCCGGCUCGAAUCUGCAGAAAGUGCUCUACCUGAGGCCGACCCUGACGAGCAACAAGAACCGCCGCGGCAUCGCCCUCGACGGCCUGAUGAAGCGGGACGAGAGCGAGCUCGCGUCCAGCACCCUGCUGACCUCGCCGGACGUGCGCGACUCCUUCGGCAUCAUCGUGUCGUACGCCGUCAAGGUCAAGCUCUACCUGGGCGCCCUGGGCGGCGAGCUGACGGCCGAGUUGCCGUUCAUUCUGAUGAGACCCAAGCCGUCCGACCGGGUUAAACUGGUCCCGAUGGACAGCGUGAUGAUCGAGGACAUCCCGCAAGAGAAUGCCGACGAGAAAGUCGGUUUCUAGAUCGACAUUUCAGCAAUCCUGCGGGAUCAUCGCCCGAGUCUUUCUCUCUCUCUCUGCUCCAAUCGCUUCUCGCGCCCGACUUUCUGAUUAGCAUAUCGAGCGGGCACGAAGACGGUGGCUGACAUCCAAAAAAACGUCUUAAUGUAUUAGACGUUUUUUUUAGAUAUCCUGUAGAACUCACCUGAAUCAUGAUAUUGCCAGUUGAAUCGAUAUCUUUUAUCAUAAAUACAUCGCAACUGAUAUAAACGACGCUAAUUAAUUCGAAGUCACUUUCUGUAUAUGAAUUAUGUAAAAAAACGUCGGAUUAAUUAAUUCUGUCGAUAUGUUUGAAGAAUACGUUUAGUUUAUUUAUAUAAUCUACGUAGUUUAUUUAUGUAAGCGGUCUAUCCCGCGUUAAUUAUAUUCAGGAAAUAAUCUAUUGAUCGUGUGUAAUUGAUCGUUUUGAUAUAAAUGCGAAAUUGUAAUGAGCACCCAGCUGCACCUGCAUGUAAUUAAAUUCUUUAAUCCCCGUGAA